AUGGCUUCCCCCCGUUCCGGGGACCCCAGCCGGGCAGGUCUGCCCCCUCGUCCUGUAGCCACUCCAGGUGAGACGUGUGGUCCCGCCGCGACCCCGGAGCCCCCGUUCCCGGACAUCUACUGCGGGGACGCACAGCUCUGGGAGGAGCACUUCCGCGGCAUCGGGCGCGCCUACUGCGCGCUGGGCAAGGAGGACGACUUCGCCAUCCGCGUGCUCACGGAGGACUUCACGCUGCCUUUUCCUUUCGCCUGGCCCCCGGGGCCCGACCCGGCCCGCGGGCCGCUCUUCUACGACCCGCACGACCGCACGGGCUUCGACUUCCUGCUGCGGGGCCCGGACGCGCCGCCCCCCGCGCUGCUGCGGCCCCUGCACAACACGGCGCAGGCGGCGCUGCGCAGGCGGCGCCUGGAGCAGCUGGCGCUGAGCUACGUGCACGCGGCGGGCGGCCCCCGGCCUGGCCUCCCGCGGCUCCUGCCCGCGCCCACCCCCGGCAGCGCCUUCCCAGGGCCCGUGGGGCCUGAGGCAGCCUCCCCCGGCGGGGGCGCCCCCAGGCUGGGUUAG